CUGCGAGGUGCUUGUCGCGCUUGCGCAGCUCGCCUGAGGCGCCCGCGCAUGCGCAGUCUUAAAUACCGAGCGUCGACCCGAAGCUAGCGCCGAGACCGGAAGAGAUGGGGAGAGUGGCUGUCUGGCGCAUGUAAGCUGCUGUUGUAGCCUCCCUGAACAGUAGUGUGACGAGCAGAGAGGCCGGCAACGAGCGCUGGCUGUGUAGGGAGGAGGCCCGCUGGAACUUGUAGCGAUAGAUUGAUUACUGAAAAUGGGGGCAUUUCUGGACAAACCCAAAACUGAGAAACACAAUGCUCGUGGGGCAGGAAAUGGAUUGCGCUAUGGACUCAGCAGUAUGCAGGGCUGGCGAGUGGAGAUGGAGGAUGCUCACACCGCUGUAGUGGGUAUCCCUCAUGGCUUGGAAGACUGGUCUUUCUUUGCCGUUUACGAUGGCCAUGCAGGGUCCCGUGUUGCAAAUUACUGUUCUUCGCACUUACUAGAGCAUAUUACAGACAACGAAGACUUCAGGGCAGCAGAGACUCCAGGAUCUGCUUUGGAACCUUCUGUAGAAAAUGUUAAAAGUGGCAUUCGAACUGGGUUUUUAAAAAUCGACGAGUACAUGCGCAACUUUGCUGACUUGAGGAAUGGGAUGGACAGAAGUGGCUCUACAGCUGUUGCAGUCCUUAUGUCACCGGGCCACGUGUAUUUCAUCAACUGUGGGGAUUCUAGAUCUGUUUUGUUUAGGUGUGGACAGGUUUGCUUUUCUACACAGGAUCACAAGCCCUGCAAUCCUAAGGAGAAGGAGAGGAUCCAAAACGCCGGAGGCAGCGUCAUGAUUCAGCGCGUCAAUGGCUCUUUGGCGGUUUCCCGCGCACUCGGAGACUAUGACUACAAAUGUGUUGAUGGCAAAGGCCCUACUGAGCAGCUUGUGUCUCCGGAGCCCGAGGUCUAUGAAAUUGUACGGUCAGACGAGGAUGAAUUUAUAAUACUAGCUUGUGAUGGUAUUUGGGAUGUCAUGAGCAAUGAGGAGCUUUGUGAAUUUGUCAAGUAUAGGCUGGAGAUAACCGAUGACCUUGAGAAAGUGUGUAAUUCUGUGGUGGACACCUGUUUACAUAAGGGAAGCCGUGAUAAUAUGAGCAUUGUACUGGUUUGUUUUCAAAACGCCCCAAAGGUGUGUGAAGAAGCCAUCAAGAAAGAUGCGGAGCUGGAUAAACAUUUGGAAUCGAGAAUUGAAGAAAUCAUGACAACUGCUGGGGAGGAAGGAAUGCCAGAUCUUGCUCAUGUAAUGCGCAUCCUGUCAGCAGAGAAUAUCCCAAAUUUGCCACCUGGAGGUGGCUUAGCUGGAAAACGCAGUGUUAUCGAAGAUGUUUAUAAUAGGUUGAAUCCACAUAGAGACAAUGAUGGGGACCCCACUGGAUCAGAGGACAAUACAGCGCAUGGAAGGUUGGUGGAAGCUCUCAGGGAGCUGAGAAUUAAUCAUAGGGGGAACUACCGUCAACUCCUGGAGGAGAUGCUUUGUAGUUACAGGCUAGUUAAAAUGCAGGGUGAAGAGUCCGCUGCUGGAUCAACACAAUCUUCUUCCCGUGACAGUGUGGAGACUGAAGCGGUACCUGAAAACCAAACCCACACUCCAGUGGAUAAACCCUCAGAAGUGUAACUUGCAUGAUCUCUAACUUUUAUUUUGUACCCACCUGGGUAUAGGUGAUUUAUGUAAAAGUAGAAUCUGGAACUUUGAUUAGGACUAAUUAGUC